GCUGGGUGGACCAGCAAGCAGUCCCUCUGCCAUGUUUACGUGGUGCGUUGUUAUCCUGCAGCAAAUGCGAGACCAGAGUCGGCCCUGGAAUACACAGCUGUUGGUCCGUUUGAUGACGACUCUGCUACUACAGGGGAGGAGCACUCGUACAGCCUGUCAAGUCCUACCCCACCCUCUUCACUCUAUCGCAGUACAGGCAUAGAAUGUCAGCAGAUCUGCCACAUAGCGAAGAAAAUGAAGACUGCCACUGUUACUGGGCGUAAUGUUUGGAGUCGUGGCAGCCAUCAUCAUAAUCACUGUUAUGUUGUGCUGCUUCUGCUCCUGCUGCAUUCUGUACAAGAAGCGCCAACCCCGUCUUAGUGGCGGGCCACUGUACCGGAUGCACUGUUCCUCCACAGCUAGCGGUGUUGCCAACAUGUACUCAUUUUCAAAUCCAAACAGUCUGGCAACUACACCGUUAGACUCAGCUUUGGCUAAUUCACGUCUUCUGGUGGAUCUUGAGCCAGUUGUUGCUCGCUCUUUGUCGCCAACCGACAGCCGUGCUACAAUGGCAAUGGGGCACACAUUCUCAAGAGAUACACGCUCUGCUGAAAUGGACCUUCACGCCAAUGAACUGGGAGGCGUUGCAGGGACUAGAACAGAACCUCCACCGCCUUAUAAUUCUUCAGUCAAUGAGCAGCAUCCUGACAGAAGUGUGCCGCUUCUCAGUCAUGGAAGAUCCUUCAGUCAGCAGACCUUCAACCCUGCAGGCCCUCUUCAUUCGAUGCAAACAUCUAGCUCUGGGGCACCUCAACUUGAGUCACCAGUGCUACCCACUUCUAGGAUAUUUCCAAGCACGGGAACGCCUUUAGCUUCUUGCACUACUUUUGUCCCGUCUCCUACACAGCCUGCAGCAACUGAUCAAGUCACAGCAAGCACAUCUGUUGCUGCUACUGCUUCUGGAACGGGGCCAGUUCUUCUGCCAGCAUCUACUUCACCACUGGUGACCACUGUUGCUUCCAGAGGCCAUGAUGCGCUCUAUCAUUCCACCAAAUUCUGAAGAGGACAUUUUGCCUUUGUGUUUUUGAGCUUAGGUAGUCGAUCUGCAGCCUAACAUAAUCUUCCAACAAGAUGGAACCCCCCACAUUGGGGUCUGGAUGUUCAGAGGUCCCUCAAUGCCACCUUCCUAGAUCGCUGUAUUGGACCUGGCGGGCCAAUUCUGUGGCCACCAAUUUCGCUGGACAUCACUCCACUCGACUUCUUCCUCUGGGGUUACAUGAAGGACCGUGUGUUCGUGCCUCCAGUGAAUGAUGUCCCAGAUUCACGAGCCCGCAUCCGUGAAACAAUUGCUACUGUACCAAUGGACUUGUUGGAAAGAACGUGGCAAGAAAUUGAAACAGAUUGGGUAGUGUUCGUGCUACCAAUGGUGCACAUGUAGAGGUUUAUUAGUGUGACAAAUACAUUUUUUUAGUUGUUCUUGUAUUUCCUGUAGCUUCAUUUUCCUACCAUUCAUACUUUCUGUUCUAAGAGCUGAUAUAAUGGGGACGUUUGAAUGGAACAGACUAUAUUUAAGGUCACUUAUGUACAUACUUACGUCUUUGGUGUAUGGUUCUAUAAGAAACUUUAAGUCCUAUAUAACAGAUGACCUUCCCAAUUAUUUGCCUUCUGCCUUUGUCUCUUUACCUUCAGCUGCUGUAAACAAGCUGUACAUCAUUCUUUCUCAACAGGUGGGAUUUAAACUUCAGCUUGGUGGAAUAUUGAGAUCUCAAAAUUAAGAAUUUCUAAUGAUUACUAUAACACUUAAAAUUUGUAAAACUAUAAAAUUGUGGUAAAAGAAGCUCUUUUUUUAAUUCGCUUAGUGGGGGUGCAGUCCAACUGGGUCCACUCGGCAUGGCGGCCACUGAUUGGCCUA